UGCAGUGCAUGCUUGGCCGUCUGACGCUGCUCUCUCUGUCCCCACGCUCCCACUCUCUCAGAAGACUAAACAGAGCCAUGCCUUCGUCAUCUGCUGCGUCGCUGGCACAGACGCUACAGAAUAAGGCGGCACCGCCCGGCCAUAAGAUCAUUCGCGAGGGUAAUGGAGUUAUGAUCUUCUCAGAGCAAAACCAGGUCUUCUACAACCCCGUGCAGGUACUCAACCGUGACCUCAGUAUCACCAUGAUCUCCGAGUUUGCGCGUACCCGCGCACGUGAGCAACUAACUAGGGAAGCACGUAAAGCAGCAAAUGCAGCAGGUGAAAGCGCUUCGUUUGUACCCAAGGAGUACACGGAUGAGGAGAUCGAGAAGCACCUGGCCGAUACUGCCGAAGACAAGGGCAUCCGCAUAUUUGAGGCGCUCUCAGCUUCAGGUCUGCGCUCUAUCCGCUACUUUCAGCAGAUUCCAGGUGUCAAAUCCAUCCUUGUGAACGACAUGGACCCUGCAGCUGUAGAGAACAUCAAGCGCAACGUUGUGUUCAAUGAGCUGCCACUGGAUCGCGUCAUCCCCAAUGAGGCAGACGCUACUGACGUCAUGUACAACCACAGGAAACCUGCGGACCAAUUCGAUGUCAUUGACUUAGACCCAUACGGAUCCGCCUCGAUCUUCUUGGACAGCGCCGUACAGAGCGUCAGCAACGGUGGUCUGCUCUGUGUGACGUGCACGGACAUGCCCGUGCUAUCAGGCAAGCAGCCCGAAGUCUGCUUUUCGCGUUAUGGAGCGCUACCCAACAAGUCGCACUACCUGCACGAGAUGGCACUUCGUAUGGUACUGCAGACGAUCGAGUCGUCGGCCAACCGCUACGCGCGCCACAUUGUGCCUGUCGCGUCGUGCAGCAUCGACUUCUACGUGCGUGUGUUCGUCCGUGUGUAUAAGUCGCCGGUAAAUGUCAAGAAGGCGAUGACCAAGCUCUCGCACGUUUACCAGUGCGUCCAAUGCGAGAGCUUCCACCUACAGCCACUUGGUGUGUCUAACGGAAACAGCUACCACGCCUCUCGCGGCCCGAUCGUCGGUCAGGAGUGCGACCAGUGCAAGGGUAAGUACAAGAUGGCGGGACCGAUCUGGUCGGCUCCUCUUCACAGCCGCGACGUCGUGCUGAAGAUCCGCGACCGUGUUGAAAUGAGCACGUCCGAGUUCCCUACAAAGCCUCGUCUACAUGGACUCCUGACUACAAUCUCCGAGGAACUCGUGGACGCCCCGCUGCACUACACUCUUCCGGGCCUGUGCAAGGUCCUGCACUGCUCCAACCCGCGUAUGUCACAGAUCCAGGGCGCCAUUCGCCGUGCUGGUUACGAAGUCUCGCAGUUCCACAAGGUGCCGGAUGCUGUCAAGACCACUGCACCCAACGACGUUAUCUGGGAUAUUAUGCGCUGCUGGGUGAAGAAACAUCCAUUGAACAAGAAGCGCGACGGCGAGGAGACCCCAGGUAGUCGCAUUCUAGCUAAGGAGCCUAAGUUCGAGGCCAACUUCUCCUCCAAGCGCCCGGGUCCGAAUGACAAACCGAAGGCGCUGCGUUUCCCUUUGAACCCAGAGCCGAACUGGGGUCCAAAGGCACGUGCUGUCGGCAACCGCGUCGACAACGCCCCUGCUGCGAAAAGCGAGGACAAGGUAGAAGAACCAGACGCGAAGAAAGCCAAGACAGAGUAA